GUACGUCGUGUGCUUGCGCUGUGUAAAAACACCUAAUAACGCUUCCUAUCGGUCGUUUUAUCCGUUUCGCUUUGGGUAUAGCGUCCUCUUAAGGUACGAACAUUUUCUACAAUACGAACAAAAAUAAACAUUUUGAGAUAAUUAUCUGAACUUUCUAAUAUUUUAACCUGGCAACACUGCCGGGCGGUUCGCCGAGACGCCGACUAUUGUUGCCUGCUGGUAUUAUUAUUUGUUACCAUACGUUUGUGUCGUUAUUCGUUAUUGAUCAUAUUGCUCUGCGAAGUUCGAAGAUUGUCGAAGAAAAUCUUGAACUUAUCGGUUGUUAAGAUACUUUUAAUAAAUAUAAAUAAUGAAUGUAACAAAAUAUUCAGUUGUGCAUUUUUAUGAUGAUAACACAGUCGAGGCUGUACCUAAAUUUUGGUUUCGCAAAAACAAUAGUACAUGUGCAUGGCCUAAAAAUACAAAAAAUUUUCAUAAACUUGUUGAAAAACACUGUAUACCAAAUGAAAUGGAGUAUAAUUUCCUAGAAGCUCGAGAGAUGUGUUCAGGAAUAGAAUCCCUGAUAAAAGCUAGAGAGAAAGCAAAAAAAGCAAUGUUUGUUUCUGACUUUUCUGAUGAUGAUGAUAAAGCUAAUCGAAAGUUCAUGUCCAAUUUAUUUAGGUUCUGAAAUUAUUGAAAAUAAUACAACAAUUAAUACCUUAACCAAACCAAACACUAAAAUGAUUAAUCUUGAUGCACAAUAUCAGUCACCUUCUCCAAAAAAAUGUAAGCAAAUUAUUGAAAGCAAACCUAAUGGUUGGUCUCCAUCUCCCCAUAAAGCAUCAGCUUCAAAAGUAGUAAGAAAACUGUCUUAUUAUGAUAAAAGUCCUAAGCCAACAUCUAUUAAAAAAACAGUAAAACAAUUGACAAUUUUCGAUAAACUAUUAUCAGAUGGAGACGAGAACAUGACUGUAGAUGGCGCAGAUGGUUAUAUGGCAAAAAUAAAUACUCCUAUUUCAUCAUCAAAAGCAGAAAUUAUUAACUCUUCAGUGACUCAUAUGAGUCAAGAUAAAAGUUCACAAAAAAUGCUAAAAGCCGUAUUGAGAAAUAUUAUAUACUUACAAACUGAUAUAAAACAUAUUGAAAUAAAGCAAAAUGAAAUAUUAAAUAAAUUGGAAUCUAUUGAAUCAAAUUAUGGAAAUUUUAAGAAACAGGAUGAUACAAAUGAUGUUAAUGAAUUAGAAGAGUGCAAUUUUCCUAUAGAUGACUUAUAUAAUUUAAAUAUUAUAGAAGAUCGAAUAAAAACAAAUUUUAAUUUUAAAAAAUGUUUGAUUCAAUAUUUAUCAUAUUUGGGCGGUAAUAAUAUUAAUUGUACUAUGAAAAGAAUACUGAUGAAAUUAUUUACUGACAAUUUACUGUCUCUAUUUUCUUAUAAUGGGAAAAAAGGAAAAAAUAAAUUUUGUGAUCUUAUUAUUUGUCCUGUUAUUUUUGAUGCUGUAAAAUGUCAAUCUAAAUUUAUGAAUGUUUCACAAAACGAAUUGGAAAGUAGAAUCAAGUACCAUUUAGCACAAGCACCAUUUAACAUUAAAAAAAAUGAUAAACUUGGCAUAAAUGCUGCAGCUGCAGACUAAAAUUGUCAAUUAUUGCCAUUUAUUUUAUUUUUAAUUUUCUGAAAUUAACACAUACAUUCAUUUUUCAGACAAAAAAAAAAAAAAU